AUGUCGGGCAGAGCGUCUCCCACCCUGGAGAAGAGCGGCAGCAUCGGGCACGCAGGCAACGGGAUGGCUGUGGGGCAACUCCCCAACAGCAUCAGCGUCCAGGGUGUCUCCUACACCAUCAGAGAGCGUGUUGGCCCGUGGUGGAACUUUUCAUUAUAUUGUAAAAAAUGGACCCGGCAAAUACUUAAGGAUGUUUCAUUUCACAUAGAAGGUGGCCAGAUUAUGGGGAUCUUAGGAAAUUCUGGAUCUGGGAAAACAACACUUCUGGAUGCAAUAUCAGGCAGACUGGGACAUAAAGACAACUUCUUUGGUGAAGUGUAUGUGAAUGGGCAUCGGCUGAAGAGGGAGCAGUUCAGAGAUUGCUUCUCUUACGUGCCACAGAAUGACACUUUGUUAAGCUUUCUCACUGUACAGGAGUCUUUGACCUACACAGCUUUACUAACUCUUAAGAAAUGCUCCAACAGCUCCAUCAAAAAGAAGGUAGAUGCAGUUAUGACUGAGCUGAGUCUCGGCCACAUCGCUGACAAAAUAAUUGGAAGCCAGAAUGUUGUAGGAAUUUCUGGGGGCGAGAGGCGUCGGGUAACAGUUGCAGCCCAGCUUUUACAAGAUCCCAAGGUGAUGCUACUUGAUGAACCAACCACAGGGCUGGACUGCCUGACUGCCAACCAGCUUGUCUUGCUUCUCUCAGAGCUUGCACACAGAGACAGGAUCGUGAUCCUUACAAUCCAUCAGCCUCGCUCAGAACUUUUCAAGUUAUUUGAUAAAAUAGCCAUCAUGAGCUUUGGAGAAAUGGUUUUCUGUGGGAGCCCUAUGGAAAUGAUCUCAUUUUUCAGUGACUGUGGCUAUUCUUGUCCUGAACAAUCAAACCCUUUUGACUUCUAUGUGGAUCUGACAUCUGUGGACACCCGAAGCAAAGAACACGAACUUGAAACCUACAGUAGAGUUCAGGAAUUUGUAUCAGCCUAUAGAAACUCAGAGAUCUUUAGCAAAGUACUGGCAGCCAUUGAAAAAACAAAGUACAUGAAGGAGCUGCCACCAAUACCAUUCAAAAACAAAGACUCACCCAAUGGCUUUGAGCAAAUACUGAUUCUUUUACGGAGAACAACAAGAAAUCUCUCCAGAGAUAAGAUAGGCAUCAUCAUGCGCCUCCUGCAGAACCUGCUGUUCGGCUUGUUUGUAGCCGUGUUCCUUCUUAGGCUCAGGAAUGACCUGACCCAGGGAGCCGUGCAGGACCGUGUGGGGCUUGUCUACCAGUGUGUGAGUGCCCCCCCCUACACAGGGAUGCUCAAUGCUGUGGCCCUGUUCCCAGCUCUACGUGCUAUCAGUGACCAAGAAAGUAAAGAUGGCCUGUAUAAGAAAUGGCAAAUGCUUGUGGCCUAUAUAGUCCAUUUCCUGCCCUUCAGUGUCAUCAGUGUGGCCAUUUUCAGCACCUUCAUAUACUGGACUAUAGGAUUGUAUCCUGAUGCUUCCAGAUUUGGAAUUUUCUUUGCUGCUGUCCUAGCUUCUCACAUGAUUGGUGAACUAAUAACACUUGUUGUACUUGGCAUGGUUCAAGAUCCAAAUAUAGUCCAGAGUGGCAUUGUGCUUCUUAAUUCAGCUGGUGUCAUAGUGGGAACGGGACUAGUAAGGACCAUUGAAGAAAUGCCAAAACCUUUGAAACUACUCAGUUUUCUUACAUUUCAAAGAUACAGCAGCGAAAUCCUUGUAGUCAAUGAAUUUUAUGGCUUAAACUUCACAUGUGGUGAAGGCAACAGUUCCACUGCAAAUAAUGCUGCAUGUGUUCUCUCUCAAGGCGUCCGGUUCAUUGAAGAGAACUAUCCCGGGGCAUUGUCCCGGUUCACAGCUGAUUUCCUCAUACUCUAUGCUUUCAUACCAGUACUUGCCAUUAUUGCAAUUCUGUGCUUCAAAUUAAGAGAGAAUCACUGACUGACAAUGAAAAGGUAGCAAUUCCAACAGUCUCUAAUAGUAUACUUUUUAAUAUAUUAGGGUCGAAGGCUUAUAUUGUUGGAUUUUAAAUAGAAUUUAAAUGAUUACACAUAUAAAAACACAUUCAUCUUCUCAUGUUUGUUUUCACCUUGAAAACCAAUGUUCUCUUAAGAAUGUGAAUGACUCCUGAUAUUGGUAUUCCCCAUCCCUCUCUUCUGGUUGAUUUCCAGAUCAGCCAUAAUCAACAGUAUUUCAUGUUUUAAAGGGCUUUCUGAUUUAAUUUAGUCAGCUACUGCUGACAAUUUUUAACAAUGUAGCAAUGGUGCUCUAAUUUUUUCCCCACUAUUUUAUUUUUUAACCACUACUAGUAAAUAGAGGGGUCCAACUGCUAGUAAAUCUCAUUUCUAGGAUUGUAUUUUCAGUCUUAUGUCUUGUUUUGAUACCAUUUGAGGAAUCUGUAGACAGGAAAGAAACCAAAUAUGCGUAAAGACAGAAUCAAGAACUCACUCCACUUUAAUCUUAUACACACUAUGCAACUGAUGAGUACAGGAUCUUGAAGCAGUAUCAAAGUUACCCAAGUUGGUUUUGCCUUAUAAGUGAUAGUAAAUCAGUGAAGACAGGUUAUUUAUAUCAAUUCUUUCUUCUCACUGUCAAGUUCUAAUCUUGUUUGGAAGCAGUUUAUGAAUUACAAGGAAAAAAAAUGUUUGUUUAAUAAUGUUUUGGUUUUAUUUAAUAAAAUGUCAAUUUAACUAGAGAAAAAGUAUUAAAGUUGUUUGUCAGAAGCAAUGCUAUUUUCAUCUUUCGAAAUUUUUCUCAUGGGCCUUUCAAAACUGAAAACAUAACAGACACAGAAUGCCUAACUUUUGUAUCUUAUUUUCAUGUUCUGUGAAGAAAUUAGUUUUUGCUGAGAGAUAGAUUUCUCCAAGGACAUAAGUAUAUGUGUAUCUUAAAAUUCUGUAAUUAUAUAGCUAGUUUUAUAUCAUAGUUUUGAGAUGAGGCAGUUCAUAACAAGGAAUUUUAAAUCCAAUCCUCAAGGUAAUAAGUGUUUCCACUUAAGUGUAUUUUUCUAGUAUCUUUAUGUGAAAUAUUCUGAGAUAUAAAUGUUGUAUUCAGAAAAACAUCUGGUGAACGAAUAUGUUAAAAAUAACAAAUAGCUUUAAAUAGCUGGAAGGAUACCAGGUUAGUCUGUCUCUCCCAUUUUUAGGAGCAUAUAGGGUUGAUCUGGUUUGCCUAGUGACUGUUCAGACAUUCCCUCUCUGACAAGUCUGAGCUCUCAGGAGACACCUCUGGCUUUAAUCUGGAUUGGCUUGGGUAUUCUCAGAACAGUCAGUGCAUCUCACACUAGUGAGGUGUGCCUGGACAAAGUCCCAUUCCUGCUGAAGGCUGAAUGUGAAUCAAUAACAGUCUCAGCAAUAACCAAGUAUCUGUCAAAUUAAUUAGACUGACUUCCUAGCAUUUGAAUAUAUGACAGAAACAUCCAUCUUCUAAACUCUGUGUGACA